AUGACAGACAUUGAGUUCCCCUUGAAAAUGCUCCUAGAUAAGCUGGAGAUUGUCAGCAUGAGGAAGUUGUACAGUGUGAUCCUGACAGUCCCAAAAGAUAAGAUAUAUGGUGUGUUACUAGACAUCCAGCAGCACUUUGGAGUCAAAGACAGUGGGGCUGGCUUAUUACAGACAGUUUUCAUCUGUAGUUUCAUGGUUGCAGCGCCUAUUUUUGGUUACCUUGGUGACCGUUUCAACAGAAAGAUUAUUCUCAGCUGUGGGAUCUUCUUUUGGUCAGCUGUCACUUUUUCAAGCUCCUUCAUCACUGAACAGUAUUUCUGGCUUCUUGUGCUCUCACGAGGUUUGGUCGGCAUCGGUGAAGCAAGUUACUCCACUAUUGCACCAACCAUCAUAGGAGACCUUUUCACCAAAAACACAAGGACCCUUAUGCUGUCUGUUUUCUACUUUGCAAUUCCUCUUGGCAGUGGCUUGGGAUACAUCACUGGCUCAAGUGUGAAGCAGGUUGCUGGAGACUGGCACUGGGCGUUGCGGGUAUCUCCACUCCUGGGAAUGAUAACAGGGACACUCAUCUUGAUAUUUGUACCUGCUGCUAAAAGAGGAAAUGUUGAACAACUUGGGGGACAGCUGAAGGCUCGGACCUCAUGGCUAAGAGACAUGAAAGCACUGAUUAGAAACCGCAGCUACGUGUUCUCAUCGUUGGCCACUUCAGCUGUCUCCUUUGCCACAGGGGCACUUGGCAUGUGGAUCCCUCUCUACCUUCACAGAGCACAGGUUGUGCAGAAGACAGCAGAGACCUGCAGCUCACAGCCCUGCAGCACCAAAGAUAGCUUGAUCUUCGGAGCAAUCACAUGCUUCACUGGUUUCCUGGGUGUAAUCACAGGGGCAGGGGCAACCAAAUGGUGCCGGUUAAAAACCCAGCGAGCUGAUCCUCUUGUCUGUGCUGUUGGCAUGCUAGGAUCAGCCAUCUUCAUCUGUCUCAUCUUCGUUGCUGCCAAGAGCAGCAUUGUGGGAGCCUAUAUUUGCAUUUUUAUCGGAGAAACUCUUCUGUUUUCAAACUGGGCUAUCACAGCAGACAUACUAAUGUAUGUGGUCAUUCCAACACGCCGUGCAACCGCAGUAGCCUUGCAGAGUUUCACUUCACACCUCCUGGGAGAUGCUGGCAGUCCGUAUCUGAUUGGAUUUAUCUCAGACCUGAUACGACAAAGCACAAAGGAGUCCCCAGUCUGGGAGUUUCUCAGCUUGGGGUAUGCACUCAUGCUCUGCCCGUUUGUCGUUGUCCUAGGAGGGAUGUUUUUCCUGGCCACAGCCCUCUUCUUCCUAAGUGACCGAGCCAAAGCUGAACAACAGGUAAAUCAACUUGUGAUGCCACCAGCUUCUGUGAAAGUCUGAGAUGGUGAGUGACCCAAACCAACAGGUUUCAAGCUAAACAUCCACUCC